AUGAGCACUAAGUAUUCCAAGGAGGACGAAGAGUUCAUGGAAACAUAUAGGAAGCUUUUUCGCAUAUCAGAUAACAAGGGUGUUGAUCUUGCAUUUAAUUUGAUCAAUAUUUUGAUUUAUAAAUUUAAAAUUACAACACGUGAUCUUAUUAAAAGUUUAUUAGUUGCAAUUGAUUACAAUUAUCGUUCCUUAGACCUUUACAUCAAAAUUAUUAACCGAAUCCUUUCAACAUAUUCAGUUCCUCAAUGUUAUAUCAAAAUAAUGCGGUUCCGUUUAAAAUUGUUGAAACUUGAACUAACAGUUGAUUCUAACAAUGCUUAUAUAAUAAAAUAUAUGAAUGAACAAUCAAAUCUCAGUGAAAAUGAAUUGACCAAUAUUAUUGUGUAUGAUCAAAUUGACAAAUUUAAACAAUGUGAUAUACAAAACUCACUAGAACAUACAAAAAUUGAAAUACCUAAGUUUUUGUUUACUGUAAUAGAAGCUUGCGCCUAUUUUGGCUCAGUCAACAUUUUCUAUUUCAUUAUUUCAAACUUUGACAUCAAAAUAACUGCUAGAUGCCUUCAAUUUUCAUUUAUUGGUGGAAACACUGACAUCAUUAAUGAAUGCUUGAAAAAGCAAAAGAUUGACGAGAGUUGCUUUCGAUUUAUUGUUGAAUCACAUAACGACCAAUUCCUCGAUUAUAUCUUUCAAAGAAAUUUAUAUGUACCAGAAAAAGAUUAUUAUGAUUCAGCAAUCGAUUCACAAAACUUGAAAAUUUUGUAUUAUAUGUUCGAGAAAGAUAAGAAUUCGAUCAUUCCUUGGUGUGCUUAUUUUCAACAAUCUUUUGAAAUUCUGAAAGACGAAAACUUGAAUAACUUAGCAAUUCAAAGGCAAUCAGGAUUAAAUCGUAAUAUCAUUCAUGUUGCAGCCAUUCACAAUAAUACAGAUCUUGCCAAGUUGAUAUUGAAUUAUCCUAAUGGCAAAUUAAUUAAUAUUGAUGAUCAAGAUGGUUUUGAAAAUACUGCUCUAUAUUAUGCAGUAAGAUAUAAUAAUAAAGAAAUGGCAGAACUUCUCAUAUCUCAUGGUGCAAAUGUCAAUCCCAAAGUAAAUAAAUAUGGAUUGGCAAUCCUUCAUGUUGCAGCAAAAUUCAAUUGCAUAGAUGCUAUUAAACUUCUCAUUUCACACGGUGCAAUAAUAGAUGAAAGAGAUAGAGACAAGAAAACUGCACUAAUCUAUGCAGCUAAAAAUAAUUGCAAAGAAACAUUAGAAUUUCUUAUUUCACAUGGUGCAGAUAUAAGUGCAACAGAUGAUGAUAAGAAAACUGCUCUUGACUAUGCUGUUGAAAAUGAUUUUGAUGAAAUAAUAAAACUACUUGGCAAAGAUUCAUCUGAAGAUGAUAUUUCCACAAAAGAUUUAUCUGAAAAUGAUAUUUCCACAAAAGAUUUAUCUGAAAAUGAUAUUUCCACAAAAAAUUUAUCUGAAAAUGAUAUUUCCACAAAAAAUUUAUCUGAAAAUGAUAUUUCCACAAAAGAUUUAUCUGAAGAUGAUAUUUCCACAAAAGAUUUAUCUGAAGAUUAUAUUUCCACAAAAGUCUCAACUGAAGAUAAUAUUUCCACAAAAGUCUCAACUGAAGAUAAUAUUUCCACAAAAGUCUCAACUGAAGAUAAUAUUUCUUUAGGAUCAAUCAUAAAAUCAUUUUGGAACAGGAUAUUUACGAAGUAA